AAAAAGGCUGGUGCUACGGGCUCGAUUUAAAUUCGCUUCAUCGAAGUUAGUUCCUCAUCAAUUUGCACGUGAAGAAAAUUUUAGUUUUAUAUAUAUUUGCAAAGUUAAUUCUAUUCGCUAUUUAUAAAGGAAGCCUUUAAUACAUUUCAAUAUAUUAACUCCAUUUGUGUUCUUCAUGAACGAAAUUGAACGUUUAAAUAUAAUAUAUCAUAAGUAACCUCUGUAAAUUAUAUAUAUAUAUAUAUGAGUUACAUAUAAUUAUAUAUAAAAAUAAACUUUUAUCAAAAGAAUUACGUGUAUUACACUUUGUUCUGAUUACACCUUGGUUUAUUAUUAGUUUUGUUUAUAAAAUAAAGCGUCAAAUAUUAUAAAUCUACAAAAAAAGGAGUAAUCCUAAUUUAGACAUUUGGUAGUAAUUCAUAAUAAACAAAAGAAGAUUCUCCAAGAUAUUGAAUUAAUAAAGAGAUAAAAAAUGGGACGUCUUGCAGAGCUUGUUGGUGAUCAAAUGUAUGGAGAAAAGUCUAGAACUUUUAUAUUUUCAGAAGAAGGCCAUACAUUGGGAAAUGCACUUCAAUUUAUAAUAUCUCAAUAUCCUGAUGUAGAAUUCUGUGGUUAUACCGUACCUCACCCAGCAGAAACAAAGAUGCACUUUAGGAUACAGACUAAAAAAGGACGAGCCACAGAUGUAUUAAAACGUGGACUUCAAGAUUUGGAACAAGUUUGUGAUCACACUUUGGAAACUUUCAAUGAAGCAUGUAAACAAUAUAGAAAUUCCAAACAUUUUUCUGCAGAAAGUACAUGAUAUUACAUGAUCUUAGCUUUUAUACUUUUGAUUAUAAAUAUGAAUUUAUAAAUUUUUAUUCUACUUCCCUUGUAAUAAAAUAAGUAAUAAAUUUAGAUUAAAAUAUU